AGCCUCUGAGAAGCUGCGGAGUUUGGAUCGAGAGGAGCAGACGCUGAAAUCAGACUGACCUACUUCCUUAGUCGAGAGGAUUUCAUUCUCGUUUUAAGAGCUACCACAUGCGAGACCAUGGACAGACUGACUUUAAUAACGGGCAGAAGAGAACCUAAUAAUGAUAUUGAUACUGGACAAAAUGCGAAUGCCCAUGGAGGCAGAGGGAGAAGACAAGGAAGUGCACAGGGAGAUAGGGUGCGAGAACAAGGGGACAGAAGAAGAGCACAAAGUCGUGGGAGUAGUCAAGGUGAAAGGGAGGAAAGAGAUAGAGGAGGUGAAGGGAUGCGUGGGAGAGGAAGACGAGGAAGAGCAGAGGCAUGGAAAGGAGGACAAAGAGGUGCCGGAAGAGGAGGCAGGGUGGAGACAGGUGAGGGAGGAGGAGGAGCAGCAGCAGGGAGAUGGGGUGAAGGAGAUGCACAAAGAGGAGACAGACAAGGAAGUGGGAAUGAAAGGGAAGGUGCAGUGAGAAAGAGAGUACAGGGAAGAGGAAAUGGAGAGCCAAGUGCAGCUGAGAGAGAAGGAGCAAGACAGGGGGUGGCAGAUAUGUGGGCAAGGAGAGGUGGACAUAGCGUGGACAGAAGAGAAGGAAGGAGAGGUGAGAGAGGAAACGGUGCAAGGGGCUGGCAAGAGAAGAAUGGAAGAAGAUCAGAUUCUGUAGGCACAGGUAGGGCACCACAGGGCAGAGGACUGGGCUAUAAAAAACUGGAAGAACUCACAGAAAAAGACCCCUCCGAGGUGGCCAUUACCCUCUCCUCAAACGCUGCCCUGCCGACUAUGCUGAGUGAGGCAAAAAUGAGGCAGGAUCUGAUCGAGCUUCUCUGCCUGGCACUGAGUAGAGCCUUCAAGUCACGGGCCGACAGAGGCACCCUGCAGCACCUGGGUGGCAUCAUAAAAGAUUCAGGGUUCUUCCGCACCGUCCUGCCUCACUAUCUGGUGGGCAUGGUGUCAGAGUUCAACGCUGCCCGCAGAGCACAAUACCCACGGCACCUGGAAAACAUCCUGGUCAUAGCAUCAGAGGUGAUCAGCACCUUCCCUGUGAGCUCCAUCAAGACAGCGAGUAUGCUACUGACCCUGCUCCAAGCCUCUAUCUACAGCCUGAGGGCGUCAGGCGAGGAAAUCAAGCCUCAGACAGAAGAAACCAUAGAGAAUCUUCAGGGCAUAAUUAAACACCUCCAGGAUAGAUCAAGGGAAGGUACCCUGCGCUCAGACAGGGAUACGUAUGCGCUCCUACCCACUGGUGGUGUAAACCCAGGUGAAGAAGAAGAGCAAGAUUUCAGGUCCAUACCAAUCUACCCAACUCUGGAGGAGUUUCAGCAGGACCACAGGCCGUUCCUUAGACCCAACCUCACCUCCCAGCGUUAUACAAACACCCACAUCUACCUGGAUACGCACUUCCGGCUGCUCAGAGAAGACUUUGUGCGACCACUCCGUGAGGGGAUCCAUCAGUUGCUCCAGAAUCAGAUGAACAUGGGACGGACUGAUACGCCGCUGAGGACAAAGCGCUUUGAUGACAUCCGAUUAUAUUUUGACACACAGCUGAUGGUGCCCAAAUGCACACAGACAGGCAUUGGCUACAUAGUCCAGUUUGACACUAAGCCACUUCAGUUUGUAUGCUGGGAAAACUCCAAGAGGCUGAUUUUUGGCUCUCUGGUCUGCUUGUCGUGUGAUAAUUUCGAGACCUUCUUGUUUGCGACAGUGUCUGAUCGAGACCCCAAAGCCCUGAAGAAAGGACUGGUCCAGAUUACCUUCACAGAGGAAAGCAGAUAUAAGUUGACCAGAAUUCAGAGAGAUCAGUUGUUCGUGAUGGUUGAAACAACUGCCUACUUUGAGGCCUAUCGGUAUGUUCUAGAGGGCCUACAGGAGCAGGAGGAGGCCGACCUGCCCUUUCAGAGGUACAUUGUGGAGUGCAGCACAGAAGUGCGACCACCAUCUUAUCUGCAAAGAAAAGACAGUUAUGACCUGUCAUCCAUUGCUGACCCUAACUACAAGGACAGAAUGCUGCCCUUUCACAGCCUGAAAGCAGAGGCUUGGCCAAAAAUGGAAGAGCUGGGGCUGGAUGAAUCUCAGAUGAGAGCCUUCCAGCUGGCCCUCACAAAGGAGCUGGCCAUCAUACAGGGACCCCCUGGCACUGGAAAAACCUUUGUUGGCCUCAAGAUUGCUCAGGCUCUGCUGACCAAUCAAAGCCUCUGGAGAGAUGAACUUGGCACAGCUCCGAUGCUGGUAGUGUGUUACACUAACCAUGCCCUGGAUCAGUUCCUUGAGGGUAUUCAUAAAUUUCUGCAGAAGGGCAUAGUGAGAGUAGGAGGUCGCAGCAACAGUGAGAUCCUGAAGCAGUUUAAUCUAAGGGAACUGACCCAGUCACACAACUUCAGACGAACGCUGCCGUCUCACCUGCGUGGUGCAUAUAAUGAGAUUCAUAAGCAGCUGUGUCAGGAGGAGAGGGAGCUCCAGGAACAGAGCAUAAAGCUGGAGUGUUCUCUGAAAGGUGUAAUUCGUGAAAGCUUCUUACAGAGGUUCAUUUCAAACCAACACUGGGACAGUCUGCAUCUACGACCUACACAGGGUGGAUUUGAGAUCCCGACUGAGAAGAAGAAUGGUUUGAUGAUGGAGUGGUUGGGUUUGGGUUCCACCGUCGUCCUGCAGAGGGAGACAGAGUAUGGAUAUGAAGAGGAAGCAAUGGAGGUGGAUGAAGAGGACCUCAUUGAAAUCGCAGAGGAGGCAGAUCUGAUCCAGGCAGAGAGGAUUAUCGAAGACAACUUUGAUCCCAGAGGUGGUAGAGAUGGCAGGAAGAAGGAAGACAUGGAGGAGGCUGUCAGAGCAGUGGAAGAGCUGAUGCUGGCUAUGAACCUGGAUAAAGCUGACAUACAGGCUGAACAGCGUGAGGAAGAAUGGAAGAUACAAGGAGCCCAAAGGAAAAAGAUGAAGAACAGAAUCAAGAAAGAGCUAGGGAAGACCUCAGCUAUGACUGAACUGGAGGAAAGAAACGUCUUGGAUGUGUGGACUCUUAGUCUGCAAGACAGAUGGAGGCUCUAUCGGUUGUGGGUGUCGCGCUACAGGGUGGAGCUUAACACCAGAGCUCUCACUUCUGAACAGGCCUAUCAGAAUGCAGUGGACAGACUGGCUGAUGUAAAACGACACGAAAACCUCUGUCUUCUUAGAGACGCCACGGUUAUUGGCAUGACAACAACAGGAGCGGCCAAGUUCCGUAAGACACUGCAGCAAGUGCGUCCACGCCUGGUGAUCGUAGAAGAGGCUGCAGAGGUUCUUGAGGCUCACACCAUCACCACGCUGAGCCAAGCAUGCCAACACCUCAUCCUCAUUGGCGACCACCAGCAGCUGCGCCCCAGUGCCACAGUGUUCGAUCUUGCUAAGAACUUCAACCUGGAGAUGUCCAUGUUUGAGAGGCUUGUGAAGAUGGGGCUGCCUUACAUCAGACUCAACUACCAGCAUCGCAUGAGGCCAGAAAUUGCCCGUCUGCUGACCCCACACAUCUACACAGAGCUCGAAAACCAUCCCUCUGUGUUGGACUAUGAAAACAUAAAGGGUCUUAAAACCAAUUUAUUUUUUGUGGAGCACAGCCACCUGGAAGAAGAGAUCAAAGAUGGAAGAAGCCAUCAGAACCUUCAUGAGGCAAAGUUUGUUGUUGCUUUUUGCCGCUAUCUUCUCUUGCAGGAAUACAAACCAGAGCAAAUUACCAUCCUUACAACCUACACUGGCCAACUCCACUGUCUACGCAAACUUAUGCCUGCCAAGGAGUUUUCAGGGGUCAAAGUGCAUGUAGUAGACAAGUACCAGGGAGAAGAGAAUGACAUUGUUUUGCUGUCUCUGGUCCGUAGCAACCCGCAGGGAAAAGUUGGCUUUUUGAACAUUCCCAACCGUGUCUGUGUAGCCUUGUCACGUGCCAAGAAAGCUCUCUACUGUAUUGGCAACAGUGCAAUGCUCAGCCAAGUUAAACUGUGGAGCAACAUCUUCCACACCUUGAGGGAGAAUGACCAGGUUGGGCAGGCUCUGACCCUGUGCUGCCAGAAUCAUCCGGAUCGUCAGGUCAAAGCAUCUAGUGCUGAGGACUUCAAACAAGCACCUGAAGGGGGCUGCACCCAGCCUUGUGAGUUCCGUUUGGAAUGUGGCCAUGUUUGCUCAAGAGUCUGUCACCCGUAUGACCAAGAGCACAAGGAGUACAAGUGUGUCAAGAACUGCCAAAAGAUUUUAUGUGAACAGGGACACAAGUGCACACUUGUGUGCUAUAAACCAUGUCCAAAGCAAUGUCCAGUGAAGGUUGAAAAGAUCAUACCCCGGUGUCAACACACACAAAUGGUUCCAUGCCACCAGGACCCAGAAAAAUUUGAAUGCCAGAAGCCCUGCCAGAAGUUGCUUCCCUGUGGACAUCCAUGUGAUUCAGUCUGUGGGGCACCAUGCACCAGUAGAUGCAUGGUGAAGGUCCCUUUAAGGCUCAAAUGUGGACACAGCCAGCAAGAUGCUUGCUUUUACAAAACACACAUGGAGCAACCUGAAUGCAGGACCCCAUGUGAGCACCAGCUACAAUGUGGUCAUGCCUGUCAUGGUACCUGUAGCAAAUGUUAUCAGGGGCGCUUCCACUUCCCUUGUUUUCACAAAUGUGAGCGUCUCCUGAUUUGUUCUCACAAAUGCAGCAAGCCUUGCACGAACAAUUGCCCCCCCUGUCAGAGAAAUUGUGAGAACUGCUGUGUCCACAGUAGAUGUAUGAAGCGAUGCGGGGAGCCUUGUGCUCCUUGCGUUGAGCCAUGCGCCUGGAAUUGUCCUCACCAGAACUGCAGUAAGCUUUGCCAUGAGCCAUGUGAUCGUCCGCCAUGCACCCAACCCUGUGCCAUGAUCCUGAAUUGCGGCCACCCAUGCAUAGGCCUGUGUGGCGACAAAUGUCCCAGCAAAUGUCGCAUCUGUGAUUACGAUGAGGUCACUGAGAUCUUCUUUGGCACUGAAGAUGAGCCUGACGCUCGCUUCAUUCAGCUAGAGGACUGUGGACACAUCAUUGAAUACACAGCCAUGGAUACAUACAUGGGAAUGGAGGACAGCAACCAGGCAAAUGAAGGACAGCAGGUGGCCAUAAAACUCAAGGAAUGUCCCAAGUGCCGAACUCCAAUCCGUAAGAAUCUACGCUAUGGAUCUCACAUCAACCGCAGUCUGGCUGAGAUUGAGAUGGUCAAGAAGAAGAUAAAUGAACAGCAGCCAGAUAUUGAAGAGCGCAGAGAGACCCUUCAAGACCAGUGGGAGGAAAACCUUCACCUCCAUGAAAUGCAUGAGCAAGGGGAAUAUAUACAUAUCAAGAUCAGACUGGAAAAAAACAAUCUCACAGCAAAUGAUCUUUGGGUCUUAGAAAACAAGAUGGAUUUCCUAAUAAGAGUUGAAAAGCUACUUAAGAUCGAAAAGGAAAACAUGUUGUCCAGGCAUGGCUUCAGGUUUAAGAAGAAUGUUGCAGAGUUUGCGGGCUGGCUCAAAGCCUACCACCAAAACUUCACAGACCAACAGGUUUUUGACUUGCAGAGAGAGCUAGGGAGACUCACCCUCUUGGCUGAACUCAAUGCCCGUUGCAAUUUAGCAGACCAGAGAGGACAAGCUGACAAAAUUCAAUCUGAGGCACAAAAAAUAAGAGAUGUUCUAGAAAUGCCUGGCCAAUUCACUGAGCAAGACCAAUGCAGAGUAAAAGAAGCCUUACAGGAACUAGACAAGAAGCUGCCACUCACAGGCUUGGGGAUCAGUGAAGAAGAGAGAAAGAUGAUCGUCUCCGCCAUGAAAAUGCCACCUGGACACUGGUACAAAUGUCCUAAUGGCCACGUCUAUGUUAUCACAGAGUGUGGGGGGGCUAUGGAAAGGCGGCGUUGCCCUGAUUGUAAUGCUACUAUUGGUGGGGAAAGCCACAGACUUGACAGUAGCAACCAAGUUGCCUCAGAAAUGGAUGGGGCACAGCACCCUGCCUGGUCUGAAGCAUACAACCUUCCAAACUUUGGUCGCCUUAACUUGUAAAAGCCAAGCCUUAGAGAAGUAUGUUGCCUUUACAGCCUUGAGUGGCAACACGUUCUGAUUUUACUGUAAUGGCCAGUUAAACUCAUGCUAGACAAGGAGGGACAUUUACAAACUUCAUGGCACCUAAAGAAAACUACUUGCAUGUUUGGCUUUGCAGCAUUCAAGGCACUUGAAUAGGAUAUUCAUGAGGACUAUGCAUGGGAUCACAUUCUUCUUCUUCUUCUUUUUUUUUUUUUACAUGAAAUACACUUUUUAAACCUUUAUUGAAAAUGCAGACUUUAAUAGUAUGAUAGCAAUUAUCUGUGUUACUGUAUUAUUAUCAAAUAUCCCUUAUGCUUUCUACCAUUAAUAGAUGUUACCUUGUAUCAAGUUCUACUUCAUGGAAGUUUGUUCUGUUGUGUGAUUAGUGUUUUUUUUUUUUUUUUUUUUAACACUAUGAUGCAGAAAUUAUUCUCCCAGGAUCUACAACAAGUCUUAGAAUACGUGAUGGAAGGUAGCUUUUAAUGGCAAACUUCCCAAUUUAGACUUGAUUGAUGACUAUAACCCUUCUGAUAUGUUCAGGAGUCUUGUACCAGUUGUUGUCCUGUACCUUAACAAUAGGUGGCAGUAAAACACUGUAAAAUAACAUACAGAUAUCAUUUGACAGUUAUUAUGCAUGCAGCAUGUUUAUACAAGAAUAAAAAUAUCUGGACUUACAAGCA